GGUCAGGCAUAGGAUCAAGGCUGUAUUUAUAUAAAGACAGAGGGAUAUGCACUGGGAAUACUUGCUUGGAAAGGGAAGAGACUGAAGGAUUUUGAAAGACACACUAUGAAGAUCUUGAUUUUUGUCCUCACACUGACCGUUUUCUCAUGUUCAGGGUUUCCAGCAUAUGACUAUGCCCUCCCUGUCGCAGAAGAGGCUCUCAAUGCUUCCAUUGCACGGAUCAAUUCCCAGUCAUGGAGCAGAAACCUGUAUGGUGUUGUCAGGAGCCGAGUCAUGGGAGUGGACAUGUGGGACAGCGAUACUUACGGGUUAGAUCUGCAGUUCAGCAUCCGUGAGACCGUGUGCCCCAAAGCUUCGGGGAGAGACCCCUUCACCUGUGACUUCAGAGCUGGGCCUUUCGUGCCCACUGCUUCCUGCAGGAGUGUUGUGGAAGUCUCCGGGGAGCUGAUUGCCAACAUCACCGUGCGGUGCCAUCGCAGCACAUUCAGCUCUGAAUCCAUGAGCAGCGAGGAGAUGAUGCAUGUGCCAAUAAUGACCCCUGACAGGCAAGGCAGCGCUCGCAGGGAAGAUGAUGUCUUUGCUCCUGAAGCCUUCCCUUCAAGGGGAAGAGGCAGCAGCCAUGGAGACUGGAACAAACCCAGCUACCUCAGCCCUAACAAGAUGGAAUAACCUGGCUUGGUAGAUUGGAGAAUGAGAAGAGUCAAGAUUUAAAGAUCCAGCAUGGGAAGAAAGAACCUGACGCCUUGGCCUUUCCUUUUUGGUGAAAAAAGUGUUGGACUGAGAGUUCUUCUCCAAACUCGCCUUCUACUCUGAUGGCAAUUGAAGGAGCUCAUGAAAUGCUAAAUACACCCUCAUCCAUCGAUAGCCCUUCUGAUGUGUUAGUUCUCCAGGGAGAACUCGAAUUUAACUGUAUCCAGGACAUUUCCACCAUUCCGUAAUGAUGCUAUUAAAAGCCCGUUAUUCCA